AUGCAUCUUUAUUGCCGUCAAGUAUCCACCUUGUCCCCCCGGUCUUGGAGGGUGAUCAUAAGUGGCGACGGCCAAGACAAGGUCGUCGAUCUGCACGACCCCUCCAAACCCGAAUCAGAGGAUCUUAUACAGUGGUAUCUUGAGGAUUUUACUGAUUCCCCUUUCGCCAACUACCGAGCCAAUGCAGCAGUUGCAGAACUUCAGAAUUACACGGGAUCGCUAUGGCAGCAGCUUCAGAUUGACGUCGCAGAGUCCUUCACAACCCUUGAUAGCUUUAGCUCUAUUACUUUGAGUAUCAUCUUAUCUAAAGAUCAUAAUGAAAUUGACAAGCUCCACUGGGAACUGCUCGAGAGUUGCAAAUCGAUCCCCUGUCCCAUAAUCAUCCAUAGAGUUCUGCUCAGCGACUCUUCCCCAACGACCCUUCCAAUUCCUCAAAGUGUUCAAGUUCACGAAGGAAUUUUGCGGAUUUUGAUUGUCUCUGCAAGAUCAAAAAAAAAGGCAGAUCUAAAUCCCAGGCUCACAACCCUACCUCUUGUGCAAACUUUAGCGGGAGACCCUCGAGUUGAACUAGAAUUUGUGCAUACCGGGACAUUUGAGGAAUUUGAGAGUAUUCUCAAUCAGAGACCGCCUUCUAAAAUGGUGCAUCUGGUUCAUUUUGACCUUCAUGGAAGUAUUGAUCGCGAUAAGGGACCAGUGUUGGAGUUCUCAGACUCGAAUACGAAGCAUCGAACAGGCCACACCGCGUCCUCUGUUGCAGAAGUUUUGCGAAGAAACGGCGUUCAAUGGGUCGUCCUAUGUGCCUGCCGUACUGCAAAAGUCACUUCAUCCUUCAGUCACCUUGCGCUCGAGUUUUUGAAUCAUGGAGUCACUGGUGUCUUCGCUAUGAGAUACGAGUUGAAAGCUACAGCGGCAAAAAUUCUCACAUACUCUUUCUACUUGGCACUAUGUCAUAAUGGAAAAUCAUUUAUCGAGGCCGGGCACUCUUCUCGCCGCGCCAUGCACAAUGAUCCUUCUCGUCCGGCUCGCUUUGGGGAAAAUGUCAAGAUACAGGACUCGAUGGUUCCUAUUGUCUAUUCAAUAAAUGGAGCGGACUUUCGCCUGGCAAAUGUUCAACCAGCAGAUGAAAAUUCCAAUGUGCUGUUGCCCGAGCUAAUCGGCAGGGAAGAUGAUAUUUCCCAGUUGAGCACGUUGCUGCAGGAGAGCUCAUUUGUUCUCCUGUCAGCUGACAUUGGCAACAGUAAAUCCAUACUGAUGAGGCACCUGGCUUGGUGGUGGAAAGAGACAAAGCUGUUCAAGCGCACUGCCUACGUGAAUGUGUCGCUUGCAGAAGCUAACUAUGAUACAAACAGCUCUGUGGGACUUCUUGCCGUCGCAAAAGGCAUAUGGCGAUCAGUGUUUGGGCAAGAUGCUGCGUUACCUAUACAAUCAGAUCCAAAAACAUAUCUCUUCCAAGCGAUGGAAGCAGCAAAGGGUCAAGACCUUCUCGUUUUCCUGGAUGGAAUUGAUGAGAUCUAUCAUCCUUCAUCUCAAAGUGAUGAUACCUCCGAAAAAUGGGCGGGAUUAUUCCGUAUUGCUAGGCUUUUAUCAAUUACCGGCUUCAAAUUGCUAGUGGCAACAUGUAUGCCCUUACUAAUUUCCCCUGAUGGGGCCAACGAGACUUCGCUCCAGCUUGGUGUCUCCAUGUCUACCGAAGAAGUCUUUCAACUCACUUCUUCCAAUGCCGAAAUUAUAUUCCCACAGCUAGAUAAAGCAGAGAAACCACAGUCACCAGACACACAUCUUCAUUGCACACUUGAAGUUUUGAAAUACAACCGCACCGUCGUGAAAAGCUUGUCUACUUCGUUGGGGGGAAGAUUUCACGGGCUAGAAACUGUGCUCUCGUGGGAUAUUGUGUUCGACGAAAAUAUCACCAAGACAUCAUACCUCGAUAUGUUUACCAAGAAGUCGACCGCACCCUUGUCUCUCAACCUAGGUGACAGCCAAGGUCUCGACCGUACCCACCACCUCAUGAUCGCAAUUUUGAAGCAUCUGGCUCAAUCUAAUCGGUACCCCGACAUGUGUGUUUUAUUUUCAAUUGGCUUGUGGAUUGAUGUCAUGCCACAUCCAGAGGAGAUCCUUGACAUCUUUGAAAAUGACGAUAUAUCAGCAAAGAUCCCACUUCUUCGAUAUGUUGUGGAUAAUAUUCCGAUGACCGAAGGGCGCAAUUCCUUCGUACCAUUCGAACUUUGGUCUAUUAUGAAGGAGAUUCCUGUGCCUAGGGUUAAAUCGUCAUUCUCAUCAAAGGUAGAAAUUGUAGAAUCUUUGACAUGUGUUGUGCGGCUGCUUGUGGCAGCCAAACUAAUCACAGGCCGAACAAAACCGCUAGUCGACGGAAAACAGGGAUAUCAGCUUCAUCCUGCUCUGACUAUCUGGCUUCGUCGUAUCUUGCGAGUGCUGCCCUACGAUGUCAUUCUUAUCAACUUUGUUACUUGCAUGGAAAAUCGAGCUUCCCGAAUGGGUGAUGCCAACCCUAGUGUCGACGAUUUCAGGUCCGGGGACGCGAAACUAUUACGAGCCGUUGAGUCGCCGUCCUUUGAUUUUGUCGAAAUGGAAAAAUGGAAUUUGAUCUCAGCGGUUGUUGUAUUAAGCCAAAAGGUCGAUAUCUUUUCAAGCAUGGGAAUCGAGCUUCCGUCGGACACUCGCAGAUUUGCAUGGACGUCAUUCUUCGCUCUUUCCCCGAUCACUGCCUCCAGAGAGGACUUUUGUACCUGGUUUCUGAUACACGUUGCUCUUAAAUCUAUCAAAAGAUUAGCAGCACUCAUGCCUGAAUCUCACACAGAUCCUCUCCCCAGUUCCCUCAACCAUUUCCUUUUUCUGGGUCUUUUAAAUUGGGUCAUCUGGAUGGCGCAGAAGUAUCGCUUGGAUGACAAACUUGCCAUGCCUCUGAGGGUGCGAAGGCUUCUUUUAGCCCGUGUGCAAGCUAUGAGAGAUUGUGGGAUACAUUGCGAUGAAAUCUACCACCAAGACUUCGUCAUUGCAGAAACACAGGCCUGGCUCAAUGAGAGAUGGAUUACUUUGGGGUCACCUAGUACAGACCAUGGCCAAGCAGCAGCACUUGAACAAAUCCGGGAGAAGGUUAACAUCUCAGUGCAAGGUGUUGAAAGAGGCUGGGAUAUGAGAAUUAAUCUACUGGAUUCUAUCAUGAGUGACCUCUCUCUCCCCGAAGGCGAUUCCCUUCAAGGUCAAAAAAUCAACGAAGACAUUGCCGCACGAGAUUCUGAUCCUCUUCCGGAUCAUGCCGCUAUGACAUCGUUUGCCAUGAAUAAAUUUCGUCGAUCAAUAAUGGCACCAGGCAAAAAUAGAGACAAUCCCACCAUCAAUGCCUGGAUUAUGGACAUCCUCACGUUCAUGGAAACUGAUCUUGACUUCAUGGCAAGUAUGCGACCCUGGUACAUUCACAAACUCAUUCCCAUCUUCACUCACAUCCGCAACGGCAAUAUCCCGCGGGCUAUAAAGGCAGCUCUAAGCGGCCUCAGUGUGGCUGAGCGUGAUGGCGAUACACUACUGGCCUCGAACUUUCGUCAACUCAGCCGCCGAUUAGCCGAUCUGGACACCAUCGAUGAAUAUGAUGCUCAACAGACCAUGCUCGCACGUACUUCUGAGAAGUCUGUGCCAGUUCUUCGAGAUCUCUUGUUGAUUUAUCUGGCCAAUCACGACACGCCUGGUGCAUACGAGCAUGUCAAGAAAGAACGUGUCAAAAUAGAGACCGAUGGAGCCAUUUUUUCGGCAUUACGCAAGAUGAUGGAGGGUAUUUCUGGUGACUCACAGGGAUCCCUAUUGGCUAACUUGCCGGAUAGCGAUGCAUUCAGCCAGACUGGACUUGAGGGGUGGGAUCAACUUCUUACGAUCUUAGAGCCAUACAAAAAUGAGAAGCUGGAGGAUAAAUUGGAAUGGGUCUCCUUGAUGAAGCAAAUUUGGAAUCUUAUGGAUGAACUUUUCAAUCGAAAUACGCCAAACGAUCAAGCUUGGUUGCUUGAUCUCUAUAGAACCCACCCUGAACCGAGAAAGGCAAGAGACUUCUAG